CCCGGACGUCUCUCGCUUAAGAUGGCAGCGGAGCCAGGGGAACUCAUCGGGGCUUGCGAGUUCAUGAAAGAUCGGUUAUAUUUUGCUACUUUAAGGAAUAGACCAAAAAGCACAGUAAAUACCCACUAUUUCUCCAUCGAUGAGGAGCUGGUCUAUGAAAAUUUCUAUGCAGAUUUUGGACCUCUGAACUUGGCAAUGGUGUACAGAUACUGCUGUAAACUAAAUAAGAAACUAAAAUCAUACAGCUUAUCAAGAAAGAAAAUAGUGCACUACACCUGUUUUGAUCAACGGAAACGCGCAAAUGCAGCAUUUUUGAUAGGUGCUUAUGCUGUAAUCUACUUAAAGAAGACACCAGAAGAAGCCUACAGAGCUCUCCUGUCUGGCUCAAACUCCCCCUACCUUCCAUUCAGGGAUGCUUCCUUUGGAAAUUGCACUUAUAACCUCACCAUCCUCGAUUGUUUGCAGGGAAUCAGAAAGGGAUUGCAACAUGGAUUUUUUGACUUUGAGACAUUUGAUGCGGAUGAAUAUGAACACUAUGAGCGAGUUGAGAAUGGUGACUUCAACUGGAUUGUUCCAGGAAAAUUUUUAGCGUUCAGUGGACCACAUCCGAAAAGCAAGAUUGAAAACGGUUACCCGCUGCACGCGCCCGAAGCCUACUUCCCGUACUUCAAGAAGCACAAUGUGACGGCCGUGGUGCGGCUGAACAAGAAGAUCUAUGAGGCCAAGCGCUUCACGGACGCGGGCUUCGAGCACUACGACCUCUUCUUCCUGGACGGCAGCACCCCCAGCGACAACAUCGUGCGCCGCUUCCUCAACAUCUGUGAGAACACGGACGGCGCCGUGGCCGUGCACUGCAAAGCCGGUCUUGGAAGAACAGGAACGUUGAUAGCCUGUUAUGUCAUGAAGCAUUACAGGUUCACACACUCUGAAAUAAUUGCUUGGAUCAGAAUAUGCCGGCCUGGCUCCAUCAUAGGACCCCAGCAGCACUUCCUGGAAGAAAAACAAGCAUCUUUAUGGGUUCAAGGAGAUAUUUUCCGAUCCAAACUGAAAAACAGCACAUCAAAUGAAGGAAGCAUUAAUAAAAUUCUUUCUAGCUUGGAUGACAUGUCCAUCGGUGGGAACUUAACUAAAAUGCAAAACAUGGAGAGAUUUGGAGAGAAUAAUUUGGAAGAAGAUGAAGAUGUGGAAAUGAAAAACAGUAUAACCCAGGGAGACAAACUACGUGCCUUAAAAAGUCAGAGACAGCCACGCUCCUCACCAUCCUGUGCAUUUAGGUUGGACGAUCUGAAAACACACCCAAGAGCAACGUCUCAUCCCUUCAGACUGUGUUCUUCCUCACAAGGAUCAGCAUCUACUUUGAAGACCUCAAAAAUGGUUUUGUCCCCUUCAGUGACAGCCAAGAGGAUAAACAGAGGCUCUUUGUCCUCAGGCACCAACGUAAGAAGCUUUUCCAUAAACUCCCGGCUAGCCAGUUCUCUGGGGAACUUGAAUGCGGCAACUGAUGAUCCAGAGAACAAAAAAUCCUCAUCUACCAAGGCGGGUUUCAUAGCCAGUCCCUUCACCAGCCUCUUGAAUGGCAGCUCCCAGUUGCCUGCCAGAAAUUACCCUGAGCUCAAUAAUAACCAGUACUGCCGAAGCAAUAGCAGCAGCGGGAGCCCCCUGAGCAGCCAGCUGAGCCCACUCAGCACCACGACAGAGGAGCACAGCAGCACCGUCCUCCGACCCACCUACACUGGCCUUUCUUCUUCUUCAGCAAGAUUCCUGAGCCGCUCUAUCCCUUCCCUUCAGUCUGAAUAUGUUCAUUACUAAGGCCUUGCCACUCCGGCGAAAGCUGUUCCACUCAUGCACACAAUUUCUUCAUCGGGAUGAGCAGUGCAGAUGGGAGGCAACUGCUUGCUGGAAGAAUCUCUCUCCUUCUUAAGCUUAAAUUAGAGGGAGCGCUAAGAUAAGACCUUCAGGAGACUUGAAACCAGAGAACUUUGGCUAAAAACUACUAGAAAUGCACUGAAACUAUGUUUUGUGGAGAUGUCAACACUUUUAAAGAGAGUUCUCACAUUGAAUUUGGUAUUUUGAAUGAUUGUUUUAAAUGUAUUUCAGGAAUACAUUUGUUACUACAUUUACAUGUACAGUAUUACAUUAUGUAUGUAUUGUCAACUUUAAAUGACUAUUUUGGUAAAUUUAUAAAUACAUAAAAUGAUGUAAAAGCUGGACUAUAUUUUCGCUUAGAUUUUCCUGCUGUUUGCUACCAAAAUUUGUAUUUUGAACUUUAGUAUGGUUUUAUCUACAAUGAAUGACUAGAUGACUCCUCUUUAUUAAGAAAAAGGGCAAAAGAUUUUAGAAAGUGAUUUCUAUGUUCUUGCUAUUAAUAUUACAGGCCAGUUUAUUCUUUGGGAAAAUCAGUCUGGUUCAGCACAUUUGUGCAAGUUUAUUCUUGAGCAGGAGCGUAAUAAUUUGACAUGGUUGAUUUAGACCAUUUCCUUUCCUUUGUUUUUGUUGCUGAGCCAUUUAUGUUUGUAGCCAAAGGGGCUUUCACUAAAUUUAACAUCCAGUGGAAGAUCAGAACUCACUAAAUAUUGCCCUGAGCAGCAUGGUUCAUCUUGAAAUGACUCAACAUUCCAAAUACGUUCACCCCCCUCUCCUUUUCAGAGUUCUUACACAAUUGGAAUAUCUGAUUCUGCUCCGAGGUUGUUGCCUGUAAUCACAUUAUGUCUGGCACAAAUUUUCAAUCAGUGAAGAGAAAAAGAUAAAAAAAAAAAAGUUGCUGCUCACUAGUUCUCUCUACUAAAGGAGAUAUGAUUAAAGCAGAUUAUAAGCCCUAGACAUACAAACUAGCACAUCAGAAACUAACAGAAGUGAAGGGACUUCUCCCACAGGUACUCAGCCCUUUCACUGAGUGUACGUUCAGGUUUAGGCCUCUAGAAGCCUGGAGGCUCUUCUUGGAGAGUCUCAGCUUCUGAUUUUACUCCUUAAAUCUAGCCAGUGACAGUUUAAAACAUUCAACCAUGAGUUUUUUUUGUAAAGUAUUUAUGAGAAGGGCACACCCUGAGAUUUUUAUAAAUGCCUCAGCAAAAUAUCUUGUUCACAAUUUACAUUUUUAAAUGGCAUUUGAAUGAAUGUUUGACUCAGGUCGUUUACCUUAACCUUUAAUAACUACAGUACCAAAUAAUUGCACUAAACACAUGAAAAAUAAAUUGUAUGUUUUAAGCAGCAAAAAAUUAAAGCACAGGGAAUUAAGAUGUAGGCAUUUUCUAAAACUGAAAUUGCAAAAUAUUUUAUUACAAGAUAUUGUAAAAGAGAUUGGUUAAUUGUACAGGAAGAAGAAAGUAUUUUUUUAAAUUAUCAGUAAAAGGUAAUUCAGAUGACAUUUUAGAAGUGGGGGAAAGGGAAUCAUAUUGACAGUUUGAGUUCUAUGAACACUAGCUUGUGUGCAGCUAUUAAAAUGAUUGUAAAAUUGACUACUGUAAAUUUUCUAUUAUUGUGUGUACAUAAGUCAUAUGUAUUUGCAUGUGUAUGUCUUAAUAUUAUUUAUACACAUGUGGAUACAUAGACAAACCAAGAAAUAUAUGUAUAUAAUAUAGAAAAUAUAUAGCAAAAUAAUUCUACUUGCAAUAAUAUUGUUUGACAUGUAUUUUGUUAUGAAUAGUUUACCUUCCAAAAGAUAUUUUGUUCUAUUUUAAGGUGUAGAAGAAUACACUGCUAAUAAAUAAUAAAAGUUUUAUUCAAUUUACAUAUU